UAGUGAUGUUCCAAGCAAUUUCAACACUACUAUUGGUGCUGCAGUCGAUUAUCAGUCAUCCAAUCUCCAAUAACAUUUCAGAUGAAGAAUAUCUGCAUCCGGCAAAAAAAAAUGUUGACGGAUUUUAUAGUGCCCCACCUUGCGGCGAAGGACAAUUCCGAGACCCGCUCGAGAUCUUGGGCGUUAAAUUCCCGGAAUCAAAAAUCAAACAAUUAUGCAAAGCUAACGUGUACAUGUACGCUGAUUCGAUUUCUGACGUACAUUUUCCACCAGACGCCGUCAAGCUCUGCACAUCCGUGUGUAAAUGUUAUCAAGAGUCGAUGUACAUUGAACCGUCAAUAAACGUGACGUUAAUUAACUCCAAUUGCGAUUACACCGGUGAUACAAUUAUCGUAGAACAUUCAGCGAACGAAACUCACGCAGCCACGUGUCCAGACCUAAGCACCGCGUGCGUAUGCUCGUACAACGUCCGGUGCAACCGCAAGACAAGACUAAUGAAAUACACGUUAACCGCGAACGAACGAGGAUACCUCAGAGUAAUGGUAGCAGAUUGUGGGGCAUCUGCAUGUGUCACUUGAGUCCUUGGCUCGUCCGUUUAUGCCAAAAGUUAAGCAGCUUUGGAUGUCGAACGUUGUUGUUUUCAGUUUUUUGACGCAUCGCAGAUGGUUGGUUGAUAACACUCACAAUAUGCACAGAGGCAGAACUCGCUAACUACUAUAAUAAAAUAU